AUGUCAUCAAAAGUGAUCGCAUCGCAGCUCAAGCAACAGGCGCUCAGCGCGCAGUCUGUGACACAACUACUGGUCCAACGGCUCAGUCAGUCACCAAAGACUAUACAAAUUAUUGAUGGCUCAUCUGGUCGCUACACUACACGUCAACAAGUGCUGGACUAUGGACUCAAUUUUGCCGCAUAUCUGGUGGACGAGUGCGGUGUCGGUGCCGGAGAUGUGGUACUGUUUGUGACCGUAAACUCAGACAUUCACGCCAUUGGUAUCACUGGUGUAUUAUAUGCGGCGGGUGAACUUCAGGAUCUGAUCGAGCAGAUCAAUCCCAAAGUCUUAGUUUUGGAUCAAACCAAUUAUGAAGUGUUGGCAAAAAUUGGCUCUGAAUAUAACAUAAAAACUCUAGUACUGAAUAAAUACGAAAACGAGUUGUCGGUCGAAGAGAUACUCCAGAUGUCACGCCCGGACACACGCAAAACACAACUCCCGGUGCCCACAGACUUGGACACCACCAUCACGUACGUAAUGACCAGUGGAUCCACGGGUCGCCCUAAGGCUGUCCGCCGCACAAACCGUAAUCACUUGUCGACAGUCGCUGUGUUUGCGCACAAAGAGUUGUGUCCACUCACUGCGGAUGACAUCCUUCUGAACUGCGGUUUCUGUCACAUCUGUGGCCAGAGAUCACUGCUUUCGGCCAUUGAUGCCGGCGCCGCACUACUGGUGCUCGCCUGCGAUGAGACGCACGACGAGGUGUUUGAGGCGAUCAACAAGUUUGGCGCCACCGCCGCCCUACUGGUGCCCACACAACUGAACUAUUUGGUGAAAAACCCGCAG